AUGACCCCGGAGGAGGAAGGCUCUGGAGCACAGUCCCCGGAGCGGGUGCGUAUCCGGGUGGAGGAGCAGUCAUUCUGUGUCGAGAAGACCUUGCUGGUGGAGAGUAGUGAGUACUUCCGUGCCCUCUUCCGCUCGGGCAUGAGGGAGAGCACCCAGGAGGAGAUCGGGCUGGGGGAGCUGAGCGCGGCCGGGUUCCUCACCAUGCUGCGGGUGCUGGCGGGAGAGAGGCCUGUCCUCAGCAGUGAGGAGACCUUCCAGGCGGUGGAGUGUGCUGCCUUCCUGCAGGUGAAGCCCUUGGCCAAGUACUUGAUCCACUCCAUCAACUCUGACAACUGCAUCCUGCUGUACCAAGCUGCUGCCAUAUUCGGCCUCCUGGACCUCUUCCAUUGCGCCGCACUCUACAUCAGGGACAGCUAUGCCGAGCUGGAGGAGUACCUGGACUGCCUCCCUGAUGACUUGCUGGCCUACGUGGAAGCCCUCAUACCCAGCACCUUUGUGGCUGUGGGAGCCCACACACCCACCUUUGAGUUCUUGGAGGACCUCUCCAGGACCAUCUGCUACCUGGACGAGGAGACCAACGCAUGGAGGACCCUCUCCUGCCUGCCACUGAGUGCCAGCACAUUCCUAGCCGGCAUGGCAACCAUGGAUAAUAAGAUCUACAUCGUGGGUGGAGUCUACGGGGCCAACAAGCAGGUGGUAGAAAGCAGCUUCUGCUACGACGCUGAUGCCAACGCCUGGAGUGAGUUCCCCAGCCCUCACCAGCUGCGCUACGACGUCAGGCUGGUGGGCCACGAGGGCUACCUCUAUGCCAUUGGUGGGGAGUAUGAGAAGAUCUCACUCAAGUCCGUGGAGAGGUAUGACAUUGCCUCCAGCACCUGGACAUUUGUAUCCGACCUGCCACAGCCGAGCACGGCAGCACCCUGCGCCCAAGCCAUGGGGCAGAUCUUCGUUUGCUUGUGGCAGCCCCUGGACACCACCAUCAUCUACGAGUACGAGACCCAGCAAGACGUGUGGCUUCCUGUCACUGAGCUCAAGCGGCACCAGAGCUAUGGGCACUGCAUGGUGGCUCAUCGUGACAACCUCUACGUCAUGCGCAACGGCCCCUAUGAUGAUUUCUUGCGUUGUGUCAUCGACUGCUUCAACCUGACGUCCCGGCAGUGGACUGCCCUGCCUGGGCAGUUCCUGAACAGCAAAGGAGCCCUGUUCACCGCUGUGGUCAGGGGUGACACCAUCUACACUGUCAACAAGAUGGCAACGCUCCUCUACUCCGUGGAAGAGGAGACCUGGAAGCAGAAGAAGGAGAAGGCAGGUUUUUCUUGCGUUGUGUCAUCGACUGCUUCAACCUGA